AAUGAAGACAGCAAUAGGAUUCUUCUGGCUGAGCUGCUGUACAAUGAGACAAAUCAGGUGGUCAGUGUGGAUCUUGUGGACCAUAAUCAGUUUCUCGGAAGAAGAUGUUCCUAAGCAGACUUUUCUGUCAUGUGAUCCCACCGGUGGUGUCUGUGAUGGCCGUUCUAGGUCUCUGGACACCAUUCCUUCAGACCUGACAGAAGCUGUGAGACAGCUGGAUCUGUCCUUCAACAAGAUCUCACACAUCAGAGAACUAGACCUUCAGACCUGUGUCAACCUGGAAGCUUUGUUGUUGCAGUCCAACCGAAUUCGUGCAAUAGACCCAGAUUCUUUUCGGUCCCUGAGAAAUCUGAAACAUCUGGACUUGUCCGCCAAUAGCUUAUCCUACUUGUCACCUUCCUGGUUUAAUUCUCUCUCUUCUUUGCAGGUUCUAUAUUUGCAUAAAAAUCCCUACCAACGACUUGGGCAAAGUCCUCUUUUUUCUCGUCUCCCCAGUUUGAGGGUUCUUAAAGUGGGGAACUAUGACAGCUUCUCAGAACUUCAGAAACAAGACUUUGAAGGGCUGCGUGAGCUGGAGGACCUUGAGAUCGUGGCACCUUAUUUUCAGAAAUAUGAACCAGGGAGUCUAAAAUCCAUUCACAGCAUAAACCACUUGGCUCUCAGCAUCAGGAAGCCAAACUUACUACCUGACAUCUUGGUUGACCUUGCAAGUUCUUUGCAGCGUUUGGAGUUUAGAAAGACUAAUCUGCGAGUAUUUAAUUUUUCAAUGCCUCCUGAUACCCCCAGCUCAAUUAUUGAGAAGAUUAUAUUUAGAGAAGUGAUAAUCACAGAUAAAAGUUUUACCGACAUUCUUAAAAUGUUUUCCUAUGCUUCUGAGUUGUUGGAGAUUGUGCUGGAGGAUUGUAUCCUUGAUGGAGUUGGCGUUUGGGAUGAGGAGUUCAUAAGUCAAAUUCACCAGCAACCUAAAGUUGAAGCAAUCAUCAUACGGAGGUUACAGAUUGGAAAAUUUUUCUUAUUUCGUGACCUGAGCACUGUGUAUUCAUUAUUACAAGGAGUCAAGAGGAUCACCCUCACAAGUAGCAAGGUUUUCCUUGUCCCUUGUGAUCUCUCCAGAAGUUUGAAGUCCUUAGAAUAUUUCGAUCUCAGUGACAGUUUAAUGAGUGAAGUUGCUCUAGAAAAUUCAGCUUGUGAGGGAGCCUGGCCUAGCCUGCACACUUUAAACUUGAGUCAAAAUAAAUUUGAAUCACUGAAAACAAUGGGGGAACUCUUGCUGACUGUGAAAAACCUGACUCACCUCGACAUUAGCAAGAAUAAUUUGGACUCUAUGCCUGACAGUUGCCUGUGGCCAGGGAAGUUGAAAUAUUUAAACAUCUCCAGCACAAAAACCUACACAGUAACUUCAUGUAUUCCCCACACCCUGGAAAUCUUAGAUGUCAGCAAUAACCAGCUCAGUGAUUUUAAUUUAAAUCUGCCACACCUUAAAGAACUUUAUCUUUCCAAAAAUAAGCUAAAGACCCUACCAGAUGCUGCUCAUUUCCCCAAUUUAGUGGUGAUGAACAUCAGUCAGAACACCCUGUACACCUUCUCUAAGGCACAACUUGAAUCCUUUCAGACAACAGAAACCUUGGCAGCAGGAGGCAACAACUUCAUUUGCUCUUGCGAAUUUCUGUCUUUUGUCCACAAUGAGCAGAGCCUGCUGGUCAAAGUCCUGACAGACUGGCCGGGAGGCUACCUCUGUGAUUCUCCCUUCCAGGUGAGGGGCCAACGAGUUCAGGAUGUCCAACUUUCCUUCUCUGAAUGCUACCGAGUGGCGCUGGUGGCUGCCAUCUGCUUUUCUCUUUUCUUGCUUGCCUUGCUGGCUGCGGUUCUCUGCUACCGGUUUCAUGGCAUCUGGUACAUGAGGAUGAUGUGGGCAUGGCUCCAAGCCAAGAGAAAGCCCAGGAGAAACCCAGACCGGGAGAUCUGCUAUGAUGCCUUUGUUUCCUACAGCGAAGGUGACUCACACUGGGUGGAGAACUUCAUGGUCCAAGAACUAGAGAACUUUGAGCCCCCUUUCAGACUGUGUCUCCACAAGAGGGACUUUGUGCCUGGCAAGUGGAUCAUUGACAACAUCAUCGACUCCAUCGACAAGAGUCACAAGACACUCUUUGUGCUUUCGGAAAGCUUUGUCAAGAGUGAGUGGUGUAAGUAUGAGUUGGACUUCUCCCACUUUCGCCUCUUUGAUGAGAACAAUGACACGGCCAUUCUGAUCCUCUUGGAGCCAAUUGAGAAGAAGACCAUUCCCCAGAGGUUCUGCAAGCUUCGGAAGAUCAUGAACACCAAGACAUACCUGGAGUGGCCCAGGGACGAAGGUCUGCGGGAGGAGUUUUGGUUCAAUUUGAGAGCUGCCAUAAAGUCAUAG